AUGCUUGGACGUGUUCUAUAUAGAUCGCGCAAUAAUCUGUUGAGAUAUUUUUGUGCAAAGCAGACACCGCCUGCAGGAGGAGAUAAAGAUAGUAAGACUUUAUGCGAAGGAGAUAAAGCUAAACCACCAUCGGAGUCUGCAAAUCCAGCAGCAGCACCCAAUAAAGUUGCAGCCAGUAAAGCUGCAGCGGCAGCAGCAGCCGACAAAGCCCCGGAAACGGCUGCAUCGGGUAAAGCUGCAGCAACAGGAGCGCCCACUAAAGCUCCAGCGACAGCAGCAUCUGGUAAAGCCCCGGCAGCAACGGCAGCUGCAAAAGAGGCAAAAACAGCAACAAAAUGUGAAGGAGAGCAACCAGCGUCCGGAAAAGGAGCUGCUAAGGAUACGUCGGGUAAAGGCGCUGCACCGCCUCCACCUGCGCCUCCACAACAGAAAAAGAAGGAACCUCGUAUCAAGACAUUCCAAAUUUAUCGUUGGAAGCCUGGGGAGAAGCCUAAAAUGCAAACCUAUAAUAUAGACCUAAAUGAAUGUGGAACAAUGGUUCUCGAUGCUUUAAUCAAAAUUAAAAACGAAAAGGAUCAAACUUUGGCAUUUCGCCGUUCUUGUCGCGAAGGCAUCUGUGGUUCCUGUUCCAUGAAUAUUGGUGGUAUUAAUACGCUGGCUUGUGUUCAAAAGAUAGAUGGAAAUCUCGCGGCUCCUUUGCGUUUAUAUCCGUUACCCCAUAUGUAUGUCAUCCGAGAUUUGGUACCGGAUAUGUCACAGUUUUACGAACAAUAUCGCACCAUACAACCUUGGUUGCAGCGCAAGAAUGAAAGUAAGGAGCCGAAAGGUGGUGCUCAAUACUUACAACAUCCUCAAGAUCGUCUUGAGUUAGAUGGCCUCGUUGAAUGCAUACUAUGUGCUUGCUGUCAAACAGCAUGUCCCUCUUAUUGGUGGAACAGCGAUCGUUACUUAGGACCAGCUGUUCUUAUGCAAGCUUAUCGUUGGGUUAUUGAUUCUCGAGAUGAUGCCACCGAGAAACGCUUGACGCAAUUAAUUGACCCUUACAAACUAUAUCGUUGUCAUACUAUCUUAAAUUGCACCAAUACCUGUCCGAAGAAUCUUAAUCCUGCAAAGGCCAUAAUCAAGUUGAAGCAGUUAUUAGCUGGUUAUAAGAAAAAGACUGAGCCUAAAUUAGAGACUGCAAAAUUAUUCGAAUAA